AUGGUAGCUCCAAAUGAUCCUGGCCAGGAGGGCGAUAAAAAAAUAUUUAAUAUACCUGUCCUGUACAUUGUGAAAUGUGCUCAGUAUCAGCACGGUCUCCGUCAUGGUGAUUAUCAGCGCUACCAACAAUAUGUUACUCGAAAGCUCAGGCGUAUGAGGAAAUCUUUGCGUUUUCAACAGGGAACGCGUUCUCGAGUUGUUCCCAAAAAGCUGACCCCCGAAAUGGUUACUGAUGCUCGUCAUAUAAUAUUAGCUGUUUUUGAAAUCGAACGUUGCUGGGCUUACGCUAUGCAACUUCGAUCAGAGGCAAAUUCUGAACAUCGCAAGAAGUUCCAUAUGAUGUCGCGCCUUCGCAAAGCCGCAAAGCUUGCUCAAAAUCUCAACGAAAUUAUGAAUAAUGUUACCUGUUGUGGUGCUCAGACAAAAUUGGAAUUGACAGCCUAUAUUAACUGGAUCAACGGUCUUAUUCUUUUUGAGCAACAAGAAUGGGGCAAAGCGAAAGAGCUUCUUGAAUCGGUUGAGCAGAUCUAUACUGGCCUGUCUUCUUCGUUAGAUGAAGAUUUGCGGGAGACUUACACUAGUAGAAUAAAUGAAAUUAUGCCUCAGAUUCGCUAUUGUGCCUACAGUAUUGGAGAUACUUCAGCAGCUUCAGAUUUACGUGAUAUGCGUGCUGGGGCCGAAGGUACGCUAGUUGAGGAACAGCUCGAUGAUCUUCUUAAGCAAAUGCAGGCCCUUCAAGCAGGUUCCGUAACUGAGGUUAAGUGGUUGGGUGCCACAAUUCCGGUCAAAUUGGAUAAGGCUAGAGUGGCUGUUCUUGCUGUUCAGGAAGCUGAUGAACAAUUAGCACGAGUUCCUUCUAGCUUUACUAAAUCGAUGAUCUGCGAGUCGGUUCUCAAGGUUCUUGUUGAAGCUUUAAUGGCUAUUCGGGAGGAAAUUCGUCUUAUUUCGAAUGCCGAUGCUGUUGCUGCAGCAGGUCUUCUAACAACACAGUCAGCUGAAAAAGCACAUUCUACGGGUAUUGAAAAGCUGCCUCGUCUUCAACGCCUGAAUACCUACAUGCAGUACUUGAAGCUAAAUAAGACGAUCUGGCGUACACUCUAUCAGUUGGAUUCUUUAAUUACAAAGGUCGCUCCUGAGCAUCAACAUCCCUCUUGGAAUCUUGUUACUUCGGGUUACCACAAACCCCAUGAGUUUGCUCGUCUGUAUGAUACGGUCUUGCAAAAUCUUCAAGAAGUCCUUUCUCUCCCUGGUGAGAUUGAGGAAAAUGUCGACAUUCGAACCCUUAUCAAGGCUAAGAUUCUUGCCUAUAAAGCUAUGAAGUGUUAUUAUCUAGCCCUGGCUUAUCUCCGAAGUAACAGAUAUCUUGAAUGCUCGUCACUUCUUCAAAGAUGCCGUUCAGAAACAAAAGAGGCCACUAUAAGUCUUGAAAACUCCGCUUUGUCUGAGGCGGUUGAAUCCGAAGCCGUGCCAGGUCAUAAAAAGGCAUUUUUGUUGGAUUUGUUGAAGGAUUUAGAAGGUCAAAUUGAUUCAGAGAUGCUAGCCUGUAAGGCGGGUUAUAUGCUUGAACUUGCUGCAGGUGGUACUGAUUCUACAUCGAUUGAGGAAGUUAACAUUUCAGCAGCUCUUCCUAGAACUGUACUGAAAGAACCGUUGAUCAAAUCGCCUGGAGAAUUCGUGCCGGAGAAGGUAAUUAUGAGAAAACUGACAACGCAGCCUGCUCCUUUGGUCCCCUUCCCACCAGAAUACGAGGCUAUUCCUGUAAAACCGGCCUUCUUCGAUUUAGCCCUGAAUCAUAUCGAAUUCCCUGAACAGCCAUCGAAAGAGUCAGCUGGUGCAGGUGGUCUGACGGGAUUCGUGAAAGGACUCUUGUGGGGCCAGUCGAGGAAGUAG